AAAUCGAUUUUUUUUUUGGACUUGAUUUUAUUGGUAGUUACAAUUCUUUGAUAAAAACUAUUGAUUUUUGAUACUCAUAAGAGUUUUCUGAUGAAAAUGCUCAACUUAACCCUGAUGCAUCCAUUAUGUGAUGUGAGGUGUGUAAUGUGUACUAAUACAAUACAAUGCUAUAAGUGUCAACAAUCACACUCUGACAUAUGUUAACUCAACGUCAAGUUUGAGUAAAGCAGUAUUUAUAUUUAAGUAUACAUUUCUACUAUGUUAUAAAAUAGUCUCAAAAAACAUAAUAUAUAUCAUUAAUACUUUACAAAAUGGAAAUUUCUAAAAAAAAUGUCAAAAAAGAAAAUUCAUCAGUGCAAACAGACAUUCGAGAUAACCUUCAAGAUGUGAAGACAAAAGGAGACUUACAAGUGACUCCUGAUAAAGAUGUUAAGGAGAAUUAUGACGAAAAAUCAUCAAACGUCGAAGGUGAAGACGAUACAGUUGAAGGCCUGAAAAAACAACUUGAAACUUUGAUGAAUUCAUUGGCUGUAUUAUCAUCUGAAAAAUCUCGAAUGGAAGCAAAUUUUCAAAGUGAAAAGAGACAAAUUCGCAGUGAACGAGAUGAGAAUGAAAGAGUAGUAAAAAAUCUUAAAGAAAAAAUGAAAAGAAUACAAGGUCAUGCUAUGUCAGAAGUUGAACAUUUAAAAUAUAAGUUAAUAAUGGAAAGGCAUGAGAGAGAAAAAGAGCAAAAUGAUCAUUCCGCAAUAACUAAAGAACUUCAAAAAGCAAUUAAAAGUGAGCAGCUAAUGAAAGAGCAGUUAGAAGCACAAUUGAAGGAAUUGAAAACAGGUGCACACAGUAAAUCUCAGACCAGAUUAUUAGAAGCUGAAAUUGAUGUUUUGAAAAAUAAACUGAAAAUUGCUGAAUCUGCUGCAAAUGAAACUCCAGCAAUGUUACAGAAUUUACAAACAGAAAUGUCACUUAUGAAGAAAAAGUAUAAAAAUGCUAUUGCUGAGGAACAAAAAAGAGCUGCUGCUGCUGAACAAGAGGCUAAAACUUUAGCCGCAAACCAUGAGUCACGUGUAGCAAUUUUAGAAGCUCGCCUAGCAGAAUUAUCAGAUGUUGUUGGUAGUUAUGAUCGACAUCGUCAUCAAGAUCAGAAAGCUAUUUAUGCAUUAAAAGAGCAAUUAAUAAGUCUACAAAAUCAUCAAAAAUCUGACAAUGUACGAAGUCCUCAAGAAUAUGUUGAUACUAUUAAAAAGCUUUAUUUUCAGCUAAUGGAAAUAGAUAACAAUAAAUCAUGUACUUACAUAAAAGAGCUUUUAAGCAGUUUAAAACUCAUUGACAAAGGCGAGGAAUCAACGUAUAAAGAAAAGUACAAUAACAUAUGUCAAGAAUUCGACGAUUUUAAGAAACUUGCUUCAACUAGUUCAAGCCGUUCACAAAGCACCGAUACUAAUUUAACGAAGGACGAAACGCAAUUAUGUCGGACAAAAUCUCAUAAUAAAAAUUUGGAGGAAAAAUUGAGAAUGCUCUAUUCUGAAAUGUCCGAGAGGGAAAAAGAAUUCAAAAUCAAACUUGAAAUGCAACAACAGCAGAGUCUCGAGCAAUACACUAAAUACGAACAAGUUUUGAGUCAAAAAGAUAGCGAAUAUUUAAACAGAAUUGCUACAUUAGAACAACAAUUACAGAGACAACGUGAACGUUCUUUAAGUGUCAUUCAAGAGAAAGACAGAGAAAUUCAAACACUCAAAUCUUCAUUUGAAGCAUUGUUACCCAAAAAAAAAUUAGUCACUUCGGAAUCAUCGGGUACAGUUAGAACGCGCAGCAAUGAUGUGGGUAAUUUAAUGUCCAGUAUUUUAUCAACUGAAAACAAUCCACCUAUGCUUCAUUAUACGCAAGAAUUAGCUCGUAAAGAAGUUCAAGUAUCGACUUUACGAAAGCAGAAUAUGCAAAUGGAAGCAGCGUUGCGCGAGCUCGAAAGAAAUUCGAUUCAUGCACAGGACAAGCACGAGGAAAAUAUAAAAAAAUACGAAGCUCAAAUUAAAAGAUUAGAAGCAUCCAAAUCUCGAGAAAAUGCUAAUCUUGAAUACCUCAAAAACGUAUUCAUCAAUUAUUUAAUGAGCAAAGAUGCGGCGCAAAAGCGUCACAUGCUAAAUGCGAUCUCGACAAUUUUGCGCUUUAGCAAUGAUGAAAGUGAGAAACUUAUGAAAACAAAAUGAUCAAAGUCAUUGUUUUUCUAGUUUUUUUUUUUUUUUUUUAAUGUAUCUAGGGAAAAGAGUAGUUUCCUUUUAUAAUGUUCGUUUGCCUAUGGUGAAAUGAUAUUAAUGAUAUGUAUAUAUCUGUACAUAAACUUGAAAUAUAGUAAUAAGUUAUUUCACUGAUUUGCGCUGGUUCGUUUGUUUUUUCAACUAAGAAAAAUAAUGAAUAGAGAAGCUGUUAUUUUCAUAUCCGUGUAAUGAGAAGAAUCGCCGUUUUAACUCACAACUCAGCUUUAAGAUGAUGCCAGCUGUGUAACUAAUUAAUAUAUUUUUAAUAUUUAAAAAUGUAAUAUUGAAACGGUGAAUAUAAAAGUUGAUUUUCAAACAAAAUCAAAUCAAGAGCAACUUCUUUUAUUUCAUGUUGCAAAGCAAAACAUAAAUCCUCUAUACUUGUAUUAGUUUUAUCCAAGCUUAAAUUGUGGUACGCGAUAUUUGAUAACUGGCACUUGGGGCAAAUAAUGGUUAAAAAAAAAGGAUCGAGUCAGCUAUUUAAAAUACUUUUGUUGACUGUUUACAUUUAAUCCGCUUUCAUUAUUUUAAAUUUUAAACAAGUUUAAAUUUUGAUAUCAAUAGAGAACAUA